AUGUCCCGCGAAGAUGGGGCGGUCCAUAUGGAUGGUCCCUUAGUGGACGCGACGAACAUGGCGCUGGCGCAAGCCACCGCCAUUCCGGAGGGCAGGGUUGUGGGCGUUUACUUUGACAAGCAGCGGCGAAUUUGGCGAGCAACCUGGCGAGAGCACGGCCAAGGCAAGCGAAAGACUAAGAACUUUUCUGUAGAUGACUACGGAUUCGAAGAAGCUAGGCGAAUGGCUAUACAAUUUAGAUUAGUUAAGUUAAUGGAAGCGUCUGAUCAGGCGCUGCAGGAGCAAGGAAUACUCCAGCAGCAAGGGGUCAGCGCACAUGAUUAUGAGUCGAAUAUGACUCCCACGGGAGGCUCUAAUCGCAAGAAGAGACGGCGUUACGGCAGCCCGGAAACCUUUGCACCGAAGCUGCCCUUGUGGGCUCAGCCUUACUGCAACGAGGGUGCGGACGAAGUGCACCAAGCAUCACAGAUAUGGCCGCCAUUGUACGGUCAUCCUGCCGCUUUUGUGCACAUGGAGCAGCUCCGGAGUACUCAGCAAUCAUGGGCGGACACGAGUGAGGAUAGGAUGCAGAUGUGUGUGGCGGAACAUGCGCAAGCGCCGACACUGGAAAGGGGGAUGCUGGACCGUGCCGAUAUGGUGUCCACGGUGGACAGCAUGGGGCAGGAGCAUCAUAAGCUGUAUGAGGCUGAGCCCCGGCCAGCCGGCAGCGGCAUUAUUUGUUGA